CUUUGGUGGAGUUUGACGUGGCACUCUGCUUUGACUGAGCGCAACAGACAGAGGAGAGGACUCUGCCCAAUAUCCAGCUUCACAGGUUGUCAAAACUCCUUCAUCUUGGCAUGAGAAGACAGUAACAGUCAUCCCAUCAAAAUGAGUCAACAGGGUUAUGUGGCUGCACCCCCCUACUCCCAGGCCCAGCCAGGGAUGGGGGGCUACCAAGGUGGAUUUGGGAGUGGUCCUACACAGCCCCUCUAUGGGCAUUAUGGGGGACCACCUCAGGCAUUCUCCGCUCCACCAACAGGUAUGAUGAAAUCACCAGUUUCCUCCUCUGCUGCUGGUAUGCCUCCACCUCCAGUGUCCAGUCAGUACAAUCCAAGCAUCCAGCAGAAUGGCGCUCAUCCACAAAGGUACCCUGCUCCACCAGCUGUGUCUGCUGCUUAUGGACAACUUCCACAGUCCCCAUAUAACAGCAUGCCCUCACCAGGCCCGCCUGCAGCACAGCAGCUCACCAAUCAAAUGAAUGCUAUGAACUUGGGCAGUUAUGCUCCAGGACCCAUGCAGAGCCCUCCUCCACCAACAAGCUCUGUAGCCCAGCAGCCUUUCCAGACACCUCCUCCACCAGCAAUGGGCCAGCCACAGAUGCCUCCGGCCCCGCAGUCACCCCACAUGUCCCAACAAAUGAACCCCCAGAUGUCUCCGCCACAGUCACCCCCAGCAAGCAUGUCAAUGGCAGGUCCUCCAAUGGCAGGUUCACCAAUGGCAGGUCCUCCGAUGGCAGGCCCACCAAUGGCAGGCAUGGGUAGACCUUUCCCUGGGCCACCUCCUCCAGGCCCUGGAGGUUUCCAACAGCCUGGUCCUGGAGCUGCUGGUUCAGUGGGAUACCCACAACAAGCAGGUCAGUUUGGGGGGCACAUGACUGGGCCCCAGCCAGGUAUGCCAGGGGCCUUCCCCGGAGCGCCAGCUGCACUGGCUGGCCCACCACAGAAGAAACUGGACCCUGACUCUAUCCCAAGCAUAAUCCAAGUCAUUGAGGAUGACCAAGUGAAACGAGGAGGAAAGGUCUUUAGCACAAACAUCAGAGGACAGGUUCCACCUCUGGUCACCUCUGACUUCACAGUGCAGGACCAAGGCAAUGCAAGUCCCAGGUUCAUACGCUGCACCACCUACUCCCUACCCUGCACUGCUGAUCUGGCCAAACAGUGCCAUGUGCCUCUGGCUUCCAUCAUUAAACCCUUUGCCAGUUUGCCAAAGAAUGAGACUCCUCUGUAUGUUGUGAACCAUGGUGAGACAGGCCCCAUCCGCUGCAAUCGAUGCAAGGCCUACAUAUGUCCCUACAUGCAGUUUAUCGAUGGUGGUCGUCGCUUCCAGUGUGGUUUCUGCAACUGUGUCAAUGAAGUCCCAGUCUUCUAUUUCCAACAUCUUGACCACAUGGGGCGGAGGGUGGACUUCUAUGAGAGGCCUGAGCUGUCCUUGGGAUCCUAUGAGUUUGUAGCCACCCUGGACUACUGCAAGAACAACAAGCCUCCGAAUCCUCCUGCCUACAUCUUCAUGAUUGACGUGUCCUAUAACAACAUUAAAAGUGGCCUGGUCAAACUGAUAUGUGAUGAGCUGAAGACUCUGCUGGAGAAGCUGCCCAGAGAGGAAGGUGUGGAGAGCUCAGCGAUUAAGGUCGGAUUCGUCACCUACAACAAAGUCCUCCACUUCUACAACGUGAAGAGCGCUUUGGCCCAGCCCCAGAUGAUGGUGGUUUCAGACACGGCUGAGAUGUUCGUCCCGCUGCUUGAUGGCUUCCUCGUCAACUACCAGGACUCGAGGGCUGUUAUCUACAACCUCCUGGACCAGAUCCCUGACAUGUUUGCAGACACCAACGAGAGCGAAACGGUCUUUGCCCCUGUCAUCCAGGCCGGCGUGGAGGCAUUUAAGGCAGCAGAGUGUAGCGGGAAGCUCUUCAUCUUCCACUCCUCCAUGCCCACUGCUGAGGCUCCCGGCAAACUGAAAAACAGGGAUGACAAAAAGCUGGUCAACACCGAGAAAGAGAAAACCCUGUUCCAGCCUCAGAAAGGCGUGUACGAGCAACUGUCGAAGGACUGUGUGGCACAGGGCUGCUGUGUGGAUCUCUUCCUCUUUCCCAGCCAGUACGUGGACUUGGCAACCAUGGCUGAUGUGCCCUCGCACACAGGAGGCUCCGUCUACAAGUACAACAACUUCCAGGUGGAGACAGAUGGGGAGCAUUUCCUCAGAGACCUAAGGAAAGAUGUGCAGAAGAGCAUUGGAUUUGAUGCCAUCAUGCGCGUUCGUACCAGUACAGGCUUCAGAGCCACAGACUUCUUUGGUGCCAUCCAUAUGAACAACACCACAGAUAUAGAGAUGGCAGCUGUGGAUUGUGACAAGGCUGUGACUGUUGAGUUCAAGCAUGAUGACACACUUGGCGAGGAGGCUGGGGCACUCAUGCAGUGUGCCUUGCUGUACACCACCAUCAGCGGCCAGCGACGCCUGCGUAUCCACAACCUCAGUCUGAACUGCAGCUCACAGUUGUCAGAGCUGUACAUGAGCUGUGAGACCGACUCACUCAUCAACUUCUUUGCCAAAUCAGCUUACCGUGCCAUAUUGAAUCAGCCUCUAAAGAAUGUGAGGGAGAUCCUGGUCAACCAGACAGCCCACAUGUUGGCCUGCUACAGGAAGAACUGCGCCAGCCCCUCCGCUGCCAGCCAGCUGAUCCUGCCUGAUGCCAUGAAGGUGUUCCCAGUCUACAUGAACAGCCUGAUGAAAAGUGCUCCCUUGGUGGGCAGCACAGAGCUCUCCACAGACGACAGAGCCCAUCAGAGGUUGUCGGUCUUGGCCAUGGGGGUGGAGGACACGCAGCUGCUUCUCUACCCGCGCCUCAUCCCACUGCACAACAUGGAUGUUAACAGCGAGGCUCUGCCUUCUCCAGUGCGCUGUUCAGAGGAGCGCCUUGCAGACUCUGGCAUGUUCCUGCUGGAGAACGGCCACUCUAUGUUUCUGUGGCUGGGCCAAGCAAGCUCACCUGACCUCAUCCAAAGCAUCUUCAACCUGCCCUCCCUCGCACACCUGCAAGGACAAAUGGGUGCGCUGCCAGAGCUGGACAACCCAUUAUCAAAGAAGGUCCGAUCCCUCAUCAGCGGCCUGCUUGAAAAGAGGCCGAACUCCAUGAAGCUCCUAAUCGUGAGGCAGAGGGACAAACCAGAGAUUCUGUUCCGUCAGUUCCUAGUGGAGGAUAAAGGUCUGCACGGCGGUGCCUCCUACAUGGACUUCCUUUGCUACGUUCACCAAGAGAUCAGGCAGCUGCUCACUUAACCCCAAACGCUCGUCCUCAGUGUUCCCAACGAGACUGACCUGGGAGAAACAUGGCAUCUAGUGGACCACACGCAGAUCUCACGGGGUCAGUCUCAGUAGGUUCCGUUCGAAUCUUAAGGAGGGUCCAUAGAAACUUUUUAAGUGUUUUACAGAGACAGAACAGGGAACCAGGGAAAGCCUUUUGAGAUUCAACCUCCAGAGUCCACAGCUGCCUUUCCUACAUGCCUUUGUCAUCUUUUAGUAUACACACAGUAUGAUCUUCAAAUAACCACUUGUCACUUGAGGAACUUCCAAGUAAAUCUGGAGGAAUGAAAUGGACAACAUAUCCAGCCUUUCCCGCACAGAUGCUCUGUGUGAUGGACUGUGGAGACUGAAAUGACAUCAGUGCCUGAGGUUGAAAUGCAUUUUGGCAUCAAGCCCUCAGGCUUAAACAAUACAACAUAGAUCUCCACUGCGUGUUCAGUUGAUUAAAAUGUUUUUUUUUUCCUUUUCACUUUGUAGAUUUACAGGGUCUGGAUAAGACAAGGGGUUAUUUGUGGGCCAUACUCUGAAACUCAAAUGCCAGUGUUUGUUACUCUCCCAAGAACUAUAAGAAAUAUGUAAAGGAGACUCAGUAACUCAAUUUAAAGUCUUAAUUUCUUUUUUUAAACAAUAAACACAAAGAAAUUUCACAGUUUUUAAAAUGACUUACAGAGGUUUCUACAUUUUAAUCACACUUUUGCUGUCCUAGUGGAAAAUGAAUAUUCAAGCUGUGUAUCCACAGUACCCGAUAAUCAUCAUCAUUCAUAAUUUAGAAGCAGCAGUGCCAAAUCAAAAGCCACUGGUUUGCCAGGACUGAAAAUUGUUCCUGUCAUUCAGUGAUUCAGAGCAUUUGAUUCACAGGUGCCCCCACCAAAAAUCAGAUUCUUUGACCAUUUAUGGCUGAGAGUUUAUCUUCACAAUGUGCAGUGACGCAGAAAUGUUCUGUUUUGGUGUUCUGAGAAUACAACGAAAUGAACACAGCUGCUCUACAUAGAGAAAGAGGACCAACGACACGUUUCUCCAGCAGAUGAGUCAGAUUUGGUGCUAAAGACGGUUGUUUUAGGGAUACUUAUUUAAAUUUACAAUGAGGAAGAGGAACGGACUGCUAACGAUGCCAAGAGGAAUUAAAAAGGGAAGGAGUUACAGGGACCAAAUACAAAGCUUUUCUCUCUCACACCAAACAAGUGAUUCAUUCUGACAAAUACUAGCAAACAACCUCCAACAAUGUCAUAUUUUUAUGAAAAAGAGUGCCAGCAGAUUUUCAGAGAAAAGAGAAAACCUCUGUCAGGACCAACACAUCAAACAUUGGCUCACUGUUCAACCACCCAAAUUCAGUAAAAUCUUGUUAUGCUAAUAAUUAUAAUCUUCAUGAUAACAUGUAACAUUUCAGUCAUGAGUUCCAGCACAGUUAUAGCAUCAUACUGUAUCGCCUUGUGUGUUUUUAUAAAGCUUCUGCGUAAUUCAUGUUCCUCGUUUGAUAAAUAUUGUUCCAUCUUGUGUACGUGUGGCCGUCAAAGCUUUUUUGUACAUGAAAUACACAACUUGUUUUCAACAAUCGUACAAUCUGCCUUAAGUUGAUAUAAUAGUUGUGAAAAGAUAUGUUAAAAUGUACAUGUCCUAGAGGUCUAUGGCUGAUUUCAAUCUAUGUGGUUUGUAUGCAAACUUAUCUCAGGUAAUUUGAGUACCUUACUAUUUGAAGUUGGAAGCAGUGAUUUGAAUUGAACUGGAAAGAUGGGCUUGGUGUGCCAUGUACAUUUAUUCCAACCCUAAACAAACUUUUGUCUAAUUAAAUCCUUGACUCUGA